CGAACCGGCAACGGGGCGAGUUUAUAUAUCGACGAGCGGAGACCCCGUUCGGUUAUUGUAUGCGCAGAGCGCGGUCCGCGAGUGCUACACAUCAAAAAUAAAAAUAAUAAAAAAAUAAACAAUACCGUGAUCGUACUAGUCCAACAUCUUUUAUAUUUUUCUACUUUUAUAAUAUGUGUGUAAGGAAGAAUCUAUAACGAGAAGAUAAUACAAUCGUAUAAAUAGUUUGGUUUAUUUUUUUAAUCGCUUAGGAAUUUACAUCUAUAUUUUCUCAUCGUUUUUAUACGCUUCUGAUUUGUAUAUCGACUACAUAAGUAACACAAGAACUGAACAAAUUACACGUACCUUAAUUUUCACAAAGAAACGGAAGAAGAAGCUACAGUAACUAAAAGCUAAAACCAUCAACCAACCAAUGUGUUUAUGAAAUUUGGAGAAAACAAACGAAACUGCACUACAAAAGUAACAUCAUCAGAAUGCAUCUCGAAGUCCAAGUAGCUCUGAAUUUCGUGAUAUCGUACCUGUACAACAAACUACCUAGAAGGCGAGUGAACAUAUUCGGCGAGGAAUUGGAGAAGGCUCUCAAGGCGAAAUUCCAAGGCCACUGGUAUCCGGAGAAGCCGUUCAAAGGCUCGGCGUUUAGGUGCUUGAAAACCGGCGAUCCCAUCGAUAAGGUGCUGGAAAGGGCGGCCACCGAAAGCGGCGUACCCAUACAGGAUAUACUCGAAAAUCUGCCGCAGGAACUGGCCGUUUGGGUCGAUCCCGGAGAGGUGAGCUAUCGCAUCGGCGAAAAAGGCGCCGUGAAGAUCCUCUUCAGCGACAAAAGCGAUCCGCAGGACGAGCGCUCCGCCGACAGGGAGGUCACCAAAACCUUCAACCCCGAAGCCCAAUGCUUCAGGCCCAUCGAGUGCGUCACCACAUCCAUGAACAACCUCAGCCUGUCGCCCAAGAACCACCCGACGCAGCCCUUCCAGCAGCCCAACCAACAGCAAACCGCGACCGCCGCCGCCGCCGCCGCCGCCGCAGCCGCAGCCGCCGCCAAACCGCUGCCCGACAUCCACCACCAACAGCUGCCGAUGGCGCCCGCCCAGCAACCGCAGCCGCCCCAACAGCAGCACCAGCACCAGCACCAGCACGCCGCGCCGCCCGGCGCCAUUAACCACCUGGCGUCGCCGUCGCUGGCGCCGUCGCCGACGCUCAACGCCCCGUUCAAGGGCUCCCCGUCGCCGGUGCCGGCCUUCAUACCGCGCACCACCACGCCCUUGACCUUCACCACGGCCACGUUCGCUCAAACCAAAUUCGGCAGCACCAAGUUGAAGACCAGCAGCAAGAGGGCCAACAGAAUGUCGCCGACGGAAUUUUCCAACUACAUCAAGCAGAGGGCGCUGCAACAACAGCUGCACCAACCGCCGCCGGCGGCGGGCCGGGCGCUGUCGCCGGAUCCGUCGUACUACUUCCCGCACGGGCACUACCCGCCGCAGCAGUUCCCGCCGCGCUCGCUCUACGAGUCUUCCAACCAAUUCCUCAAUCCGGAGGCGUACGCGGCAGGCGGCGCCGGCGCCGGCAAGCCGCCGUUCGAGCACUCGACGCCGCUCGGGCCGUACUACCAGGGCGGCGGCGGCGGGGCGGGCGCCGGUGGACCGGCGUCGGCGCCGGCCACGUCGCCGGACGGCAAGCUGAUGGACAGCAACUGGUCGUACCCGAGCGCCGGCCAGUACCAGCACCUGCUCGUCGCCAACUAAACUGGCCCGGUCGUCUGCUUUUUUCUGAUAUUUUUUUGUUUUUUUAAUUAUUUUUCUAGGUGUAUUCUGUCGUUUGGUUUUCUUUUUGAUGUGACGCGUACGCGGCGCGGAAUCGUUGCUCGAAUUCUCUCGCUUGAAACUUGGUUAUAUGACUAGUACCUUCACCGGAGCGGAUGAUGCAAUGGCGAUUUUUAUUUUCGUUAAACGUACGAUUUUUGUUGCUGCACUACAUACCCAAAGGCCAUAAUUGUCGACAGUUACGUCAUUAAAUCUAGCCAAUGGUAGCGCUCGAUUUUUAUUCGAUUCUAUCACCAGCCAAUAAGAACUCUGGCCUGAGUGGUGACGUCACUGACGAGAAUUACUGCGAUUUGAUCGAAAAAAAUUGCGGAUAAUAUUAUUCAAGGCGCUUUUAAAAUAAAACUUACCGGUGCUGUGGAAUCUAAUUUGGAGGUAUCGUCUUCUCACUGGCACUAAUUUCACUAAUUUGUUCGUGUCAAUUUUGUUUUGGUUUUAAAUAACACGGUAAAACACUCGCACUGGAAUAAAUUUACGAAGUUUGACGUUUUAGGGCAAGAGUUGAUUUGACAUUUGAUUGACAUAAAAUCCAAGACAUACCAGAAUUAAUUCUGAAACAAGCAAGUAUCGUGAAUAAAUGAUAAGAUAUAUCAAAAUACUACGACAAUUGAAUAAUAUUUAAUGUUUUAUCUACCAUUAUUAUAAAAUACUCCGUUUAAGAAAUUUAUAAUUCGUUAAUUUUUGACACUACAUUGACACAUGUCAAUGAACAGAUAUCUUGAUGAAGAUAAGUUAUAACACAAACACCUUUCAAUAGUAAAAAUGCAACUGAGUGAAUAAAUUCAUUUAAUUUUCAUACAAAAAACGCGUGGAAAAUAAAUCGGCAGAUAAAACAAACGGGUCCGCAUUUUUUUUCGUUCGAGCGAUAUUCCGUAGAAAUAUAAUUUAAAGUUCCUAUAUGAUUUUAUUUUAAAUCUUAAAAUUUAAUCGCAGCAUAAAAUAGGGAAUGUAAUAAAAAAUUUUUGUAUAUAAUAGCGUAAGGAUGCCGAUAUUUGGAUAGCUUCCAUUUAUUCGUGGAUUAGUUAGGAUCUCUCUAAUGAUAAAAAGAAACUAAUUUGUACAUAUGUAUAACAAUAUAAUUUAUAUUUUUUGUACCGACGUCUUAACUAAUAGUUAGUCACUUUUCUAUUUUUGAUACGUGCAUAAUCUUAAGUCUGUUACGUUUCGUGUCUUUGGCGAACCGGCCGAAGCCCUAGGAAUUUUUACUAAAAAGAAAUA